UUCUCCCCAAACUGGAUCAGUCGAUAAUGUCGCUCUAAAACGUUAACUGGUCGACGUUGUUAUCGCACACACCAUCCGCACGUUAACCCUAUUUUACGAAUAAAAUUACGUAAUUAUUGUUAUGUUACCGCGUGUAUAAACGCUCCCUAAACGCUGCUCUCGGCCCUCGUGAUAUGUGAACGGAUUGAUAUUUAUUAAAAAAAAAAAAAUAACAGGCGGGAAUAAUUUAAAAAAAAAAUAAAUUAAGGGACUAAUUUUAGAGAAAAAAUGUCUUUCCUCUGAGGGUGGCCGAUGAGAAGAAACGUCGCGUCGGUCGGAUCGGGGGUGGUUUUAUUAACGUCUUAAGAUUGAUUUCGAUAAUAUGGGAAAACGGGCGAGGAAAACUAGAUGGCGAGCCCUAGAUAUUGCCGACGAGCACAGCGAUAGCGAAGAGAGCAACACGAACUCCUCAGCGGUAUCCAGUAGAUAUUCCAGAGUGAGCAACAGCACCGGCUACUACAGUUCGAAAUAUUCUUAUUCUAGUCAAUCGACUCCGGCGAGGAGGCGGUACAACCAGUACGAUGGGAGUAUCAAGAGCACCAGGUCGAGUAGUACCACCAGCGAAACCAAAAUUACUUUUAACGAAGAUGAAUACACGCGAAUCACGACCCCCAGGCAAGAUGUUCUAUUUAAGAAGGGUUACCUGAACAAGCCCAAGACUUAUCAGACUCAAACGUCUACCGGUAAUUCUACGAUAUCUACGGGAAAUUCUACGGAAAAUGGCACCCCCGACCACCAGUCCACCGGUAAAUAUCGAGAAUUUCCCAGAGAAUUCUCGAACGUUCUUACGUUUUCUUUCGUUACAGAUUUGGAUUAUGAAUCUCAGUUUAUGUUUCCCAACGGAUUUGUCGACCAGAACGGAAUUUAUUACGUGAAUAGUUACGAACCAUAUCCCUUAAUGUUGUUCAACCCACCCACGUACUACCAUGAAUUCUCAAAUACGAAAGCGAAACGAUACAGCACCGGAUCAUUGAGUGAGUCAAUGAGUCCGAACAAUGAGGAGGCAACGAGUCAGGACAUGAGUCAGAGCGGAGGUGAGGCCUCAAACAGUGGAGUAUCGGACUAUAGUGGCCCACCUAUUUUUAACAUGGUCUAUCCCGGGUAUUACGUUAAUGGUGCAUGCACGCCUACUGGUAUGGCGAACGGCCCUCACCAUCAAUACCCCCCAGAACCGGUAAAAAAACUGAAAAAACGCCGAGAGCGCAAAUCCUCGAAAACCAUCCCGGGCGACUCCUCCGAGUUCACCGACGACAAUUCCGCCGACGAACAAUCGGACAAAACCACCCACUUACACCGCGUGCGAAUCCCAGAAGAUCAACCCCCGGAAGCGCCGCCGUGCUCCGUUGAAACUACCUCAGAAAAACCCUCCAGUGGAGACUCCACCACAACCGGUUGCGCCGAUCAAAAGACUGAAACCAACUUAGACCAGACCCAACCGGAUCACAAAAAACCUCCCUCGGUGCUUAAACCUGACGCAGAAGAGUUCAUUCCACGUGCCUACCAUCACCAACAAGCCCUAGGUGCCCCAUUAAAGAUGCUGCCACCCAAUUUCAUGCCCAUACCGAUCGUGCCUAUACCAGGGCCGCCCCAUCCCGCAUUUAUACCCCCCGGUUUCCCCAUUAACUUCAUACCGCCGAAGAUUUAUCCUACCGCUGCUCCGACCUUCACCCCACCCAUCGUCCAGGAGAGCCAAUGCGAAGACAACGAGAGUAAAAUUGAAGAAAGCACUGCCACCCCCAGUCACACCCCUGUGGUAGAAGAAAACAAACCCCAUAGCAAAGCAAUUGAUAUUGCCACGAUUGUAUCCAAACUGAACGCCGUCCGACAAGAGCAACAAGAAAACCCCCCGAAAGAUGUUGAAGAAAGAGUUCAGAAGCCUCAAGUGUUUAAGAGAAACUUCUAUAAUAGAUAUAGAGGCUCGGUUCAAGCUCAGGAGAGCCCUAGGCAUAAGCCGAGAGAAGCGGCAGAAGGAUUCCAGAGGAAGCCCUGGAAGUCCCAGAGUAAUAAGCUGGAAAGUCCUCAGAAGCACCACAAUAAUACCAAGAAGUUUCAUGUAAAAGAAGAGCAAGUAAAGCCGAAACCCAGUCCGAGCCAGUGGAUCUCAGUCUCCAGCAGGAAGAAGAAGAAGAACAAGCCUACGGAAGACCCUGAAGAGAUCGACAAUAACAAUGUAGAAGAAGAGAUUUUGAGUUCAGUUGAAACCACUGAAUUGUUCGAAAGUUACGAUGUUAGUCUACUAGUGGACGUGGUCCCUCCUUCUCAGCUUGCUCAAAAAGACGAAGAACAAGAAGAAGAGAAAAGAAUCGAGAAUAUCCUUAGCAGCAUAGCCCAGAAAGAAGUGAUAACUAAUGGCAAAGUAACCCCCCCAGACAUCAAAGAAGUAAGCGAGAUUGAGAAAGAAAUCAUUGUUAAGAUUGAAGAGAGUGAUCAGAUUGAGAAAUCUCUAGUAGAAGAAGUCACUACUGAAGAAUGUAAACCGAAAAAGAGAUCAAAGAAAGGCACCCAGAAGCCCUUAACGAAAAAGGUGAUCAUCACAGACAUCUUUGAGGAACCCCCAGAGGAGCCAGUUAAACAAACUGUGAAAAAACCCUUGAAACCCGCGGAAACUCCAAAGGAACCCACUCCAGAACCGGAAAAGAAAACCAAAAAGAAAAAGAAAAAGAAACCGUCCCUCGCCCCCAUGAACGACUCUGGAGACAAUUUGGAGGUUUUCCUCGCAUCUGAAGAAGACAAAACCACCGACGACAUAUCCUUGGAGCUAGACAAACUGAUCCAGAAAGGAAUGUUCAGUUCCCUGCAGUCGAACAUCCAGGAAUCAGACGAGUUUUUCAUGAGCUUCCCGUCUUCCACGAAGACUCCCGAUUAUAAUCGAAUCUUUCAAAGUACCAGGCAGUUUCUAAAGCCCAAUAUGGUAAGUGUAGAGCACGAUAUUAAAGUAGAUAGUCUUUAUAAGGGUCAUAUUAAAUCGCAUUCUUCUACUGUAGACACUGCCGAUCCGACCGCUGGACCUCAUUUAAGCCUUCAACCACAGGAGGUACCUUCGAGUUGUCCAGAAACUCCUCCUGCUGUUGAUCACGAUGAUGUUGCAAAAUUAGUUGAAGAAGUAAUAGUUGAGCAGUGUGAUGGUGCACAGUUGCCAUCAAUCACACUUGCUGUAAAAGAAUGGAUGUGCAAGACCAGAGAAACCACUCCGGACGUGGAGAUUCUAAAGAGUCCUGAAGAGAUUCAAAAAUAUCUAGAAGAGGAGGAGGAGGAGGAGGAUACUCUCUUUGAUGACGAAAAAGAUGACUUGCUCGAGUUUUGGGACAACUUGAACUGUGAUGAUAAUAUUCUGCAGAAAGACAACAGUGUGAAAAGUGUGAAAGAUGAUGCUGAAAUGAAGUGUUGUACUGAUAAAAUAAAGCUCGAAAAUAAUGAAGAAGUGAAAGUGUACGAUGGUAAAAAUGAAACUUCGAAGUUUCUCGAUGAAGAAAAUGAUGCUCAAAAAAAGGAGGAGAAGCUUCCGCAUCGCACCCGUGCAUGUUGUAUAUUACAAUAAGUUGUUAAAGUUUUAAUGUGAAAAAUAUCAUAAUAUGAGGUUGCGUAAUGUUGAAUAUUCUUUGUAAUAAUUGUUACAGAUGUUUAAUUUUUUACGCUUGUUAGAGUAACGUUUUAUUCUAAGUGGGUUAUGGAAAUGAUGUCAUAGGCUUGACUAGUACCUAAAUGUUUUUUCUGGGCAGUAUAUAUAAAAUUUCAUUUCUUCCAGGCAGUUAUUUUUGGGUUCUAUAGGCAAUUCCAAGAUAUUUGAGGAAUAUCCAGUUUAAACGUUAUUAAUUUUAAUACGUGAUAGAGAAAUUAAUUUUCAUUAUAAAAUUUUUCUUAGAAAUGUUUAAUAACAAAGAUACAGGGUGUUGUUAUAUUUAUUUAUUUAUCACAACUUUCAAACGACCAUCUCAAUUUUAAUUAAAUUUCGCAGGCAGGUUAUUGUAGUGAAUUGUGAAUUAUUGAUGAAGCCAAUUUUUAAAAAAAUUUCCAGUGGCGUAACGUACAGAGAGACUUGCUCUUUUUUUGCCUCAAAUCUGCGAGGUGAUAAAAUAUUUUUUUAUAAGAAGUCAAGUGUUAGAUUCUCUAUUUAAUUAAGAAAAAAAAGUUAAUCCUGCAAAAUUAUGAUUUAAGGCACUGUUUUUAACCCAGAUACCCCUGAAGCUCUUAACGUUUGUUUUUUGUUAUAUAGUUUUGUAAAUCUACUUAUUGGGUUAAAAUAAACAUAUUUUUCUAGUAAAUUUUUUAGUUCCACUUUUAGAUUUUUCUGUAAAAGCCGUCGGUUUAAACAUACGGUAGCAAUAUCUAUAAGGUACUAGAACUCAAUUAUUCUUAUAAACUUAUAAAACGUUAUUUAGAAACGAGAUUUUUUUUAACCAAUAAUAAUAGAUUAGUUUUUAGUAUGGUAACCGUUGAUUGAAAAGGGAAUCGCCUGAAAAGGGAAUCGCCUCUUCAAUCAACGAUGGUAACUUAAAAAACACAUUUUUGAAUGAAGUGCAACAUCACACUUCUGGCAUCUGAAUGCUGCUUGUUUGUGGCAAAAUGCGCAGCGGGUUUGCUUUUCCUGCCAUAUCUGCGUUUUAUUCUGCCAUAUCCAAAGCAUGUGAAAACAAGCAAAAAUACCACUUCUUUCCUCUGAUUUCUACGCGGUAAAGGCUUAUAUUUUGGUCAGCCCUAUCAACACCGCCCAUGUUUUCGUUGUAUUUUUUGAUCAAACAUGGCUGCUCAACAUGUAUCAUUUUCUUUUCUUUCUGAGAGAAGCGUUUGACUUGCUGUGUCGGAAAAGGAGAUGUUACAUUUGAGGCGAUUGUAACAACACUAUUGUCAUUCCAUUUACAUACAAUAUUAUUUUGGUUCUCCUUUAAAAGAUAAUCAAAACUACCACGGAAUUUUUUCUUGAACAUACUGGAUUUUUCAAGAGGGCUAUCUGAUAGUCUGUUUUCUCGCAGAGUUCCUGUACAUUUGAGCCCCCUGGAGGUCAGCUUAGCCAACAGACGUAAUGACGUAAACAAAUUGUCACAAAAGAUAUGGAAAGGAGCUUUUUCACAUUGAGACUGAAUAAUAUCAGCAAACUGAAGUACAACACUAGCCCCUAAGCCAAGAGGACGAUAUUUUUUAGAAAUAAUAGUUGUGGACCCUUGAUACGGCUCAAACCAUUCAAUGUAUCCCUUUUUAGUUGUUCCCACCCAUACCUUAUAACCCCAACGAAUGGGCUUUCCUCAGAUGAACUGUUUUAAUAAUAAUAAUAAUAAGCUUUAUUUCCAACAGGUUACAUAUACCCAGUUACAGGAAAAUCAAUUAAAUAUAUAAAUGUACGAAUGCAUGAAUUGUAUUAGAUUCAUGCAACUAAACUAUAAAAGAACUAUAAAAGAAUUGCUAUAUAAUAAAAAAAAAGUAGUGAACUUGAGAAAAUAAAUAAUAAAAAAUCAACACUAAAUUAGGAUAAGAAUCAAGAAUUAAUUUAAAUCAAAAGACCAAAAAAAAAAUGAGUAAAUAAAUGUAUUCAAGCUAAAAACUAAAUAACCUAGCCUUCCCCACCGACCAUACGCAGGUGAUUCAAGAUAAGUGCCAAAUCGUCAUGAUAAAUGUCACAAGAAUCAGCAAUAGUGUUAAAGUUUUGACACAUAAAGUGAAUAGGACUCUGGUACAGAAUGUUGGACCUGGCUGUGUCCAAGUUAAAAGCUGGACACUGUCUGGAUCCUGGGCGUGGUAUCUGAAAGCAAAUCCUUUGCAAAAGGGAUGGGCAGUCAAUUUUAUGGUUAAGUAAAUUAAACAAGAAUUUCACCGAAUGCAUUUCUCUCCUCUUCGCAAGUGACCGUUCAGUAUAUCUAGAGAGCAGCAGGUUAUGGUCAAAACCCCUUGGAGGAUAGAAUCCAUCAUCCUUAAAUGCCAAACAUUUAAGGAAUCGCCGUUGGACUGAUUCUAAUAGGUGAAUGUGCUGGUUGUAAAUGGGAGACCAAAUGAGGGAGCAGUAGUCCAGCCUGGAUCUAACAAAUGCAUAGUAGAGCGUUUUGGCAGUGGCAGUGUUCAAAAAAAGUUUGCAAUUUCUAAUAAUAAAGCCUAGCAUGUGAGUAGCUCUAGAAACAGUAUCUUCGAUGUGGGGGAUAAAAGAAAAUUUGAUCCAUGACCGCCGUAAUAGGGUACCAUCGACUCAUCCACGCUAUGGCACUCUUCAAGGGGUGCAAAUGACUGAAAUUUCUCAUUCAGAGUAGAAAACAAAGGCCUCAGUUUCGAAAACUUAUCGGUAUUUUCAAGAUUGUUGUUAUCAUUCAGGUGCAAAUUCUGCAUUAUAAAACUAAAGCGAUCUCGAGAAAUCGCCGAAUAGACUAACUUAUUUCCUGCGUCACUGUUAUUUUUCCCAUUACAUUGACCGUCGACUGUGAAAUGAGUUGUAUCUAGAGAGCAGUAAAACACCAACGAAACAUUUUAUUUCACUGGAAUGUAAUCACCUUGGCGAUUGUGCUGAAUAGCAUACAAAUUGGAAUAUUUUACAACCAAGUCAAUAAUUUCGUCAUCUAUAAACUGAAAAAAUAGUUCUAAAGGAGAUAAAGAAUUUUUUAGUCCACUUGCGUUUACCCAUUCUGGAAAAUCUUGGUUGAUGUCACCUUUUUUCCAAGAGUAAUUUGGUUUUGAGGUCGAUAAUUUUGAUCGUUCUUUCGUAAGAAAGAUAGACAAAGGUAGGUCAUCGUCGCUGUCAAAAUCACUCUCAACUGUAGUUUGGUUAGAUCCCUUGUUUUCAAAUAUUACCUCGACUUCAGUCAUCAGCUGACUUUCAGGGAGGUUGUUUAUAUCCACUUCAUUUUCGUCAUCCAUUCAUUUGCGUUAACUGGCGGUAGAACGGCAAUAGCAUCAGGAAUCAACUCAUCGUCAUCAAGGUUUUCAAUUUCUGCCAUGAGUUCAUGAAGUUUCAAGGGCCGCUUCCAAUAACUGCAAAUAUAAGGAAAAAAUUCGAAUAAUACUGGAUUUUCCAACUGUCCGUUAAAACGGACAUCGGUAUUUGAGGUUAUAUUUUUGCCGGUGAGAUGAAAUUUGUUAACUUAUUUCAUUAUCAUUUUUUAUACAAGUAUAAAGAUUGAUAUUUUCCAAAAUUACUUAUUCACAAGAUGGAAAAAUAAUAUGAAUAGUUUAUCAGUAUAUUUACCUAUAAUUAUCCAUUGUUUACAAGAAACUAAGCACCUGUUAUUCCAAAUACUUUCUCGCAUACAGAACUCUCCCUUUAAGAGGUUAGAAAACAAAAUUUCGCUAAAACACGCGUUUCUAACAACGAAUAACCCAACGCUAUCUAACGCGGAGUGACAGAGUUUUAAAUCUGCAGCGAACUAUAGGUGAUUGUUAUAACGGACGGUAAGGGUAUCUGGGUUAAAAUAUCUUAAUUUAAUUGUUCAGAAAUACCUGCUAAAAUUUAUAAAAAAAAAGGAAAUCAGGCUUGAAUUUGUAAAAAAGUUGAAUAUUAAAGAUGAUCAAAAGUUACCUUAAGUCAUGAUUUCAUUUGACAGGUUUAAUUUAAGAUUCAAUCCUAAUUUUCUUUUUUUUUCAAAGUUUUUGAAGUAUUUUAAUUGGCAUUUCUGUACAAUUAAACUAAGAUAUUUUAAAUUAUCACCUCGCAGAUAUGAGGCAAAAAAGUCCCUCCGUAUGUUACGCCACUGGCAAUGUUUUUAAAAAUUGGCUAUCAGUAAUUGACAAUAACCUGCAUGUGAAAUUCAAUUAAAAUUGAGAUGGUCGUUUAAUAAUUAUGAUAAAUAAACAAAUAAUUAUUCCUAACUUUUAACGCCCUGUAUCUUUGUUAUUAAAUAUUUCUGAGACAAAGUCUAUUUGUUUUUAAUUUCUCUAUCACGUAUUAAAAUUAAUGACGUUUAAACUGGACCACCCUGUAUAGAACGUUUCAUUUGAAUUUCUUGUUCCUUUAUGUUAAAUAAGACACCCUAGAUAUUAUUGCAUUUGUGGAUUCUACCUAAAAAUCCAAGAAAUUUAAUGGGUCACAUAUUUGGUUGUCUAUAUUUUGGUCGAAUCAUUGAGCAGAUAUAUUUAACUGCAUAUUUCUCCGCAACGGCUCCACCGAAGUAUGGCAUGUAAACCCUCGUAUUUCUUGAAUAUUCAUGUUAAAAUUGAAAAUAUAAUUAUAUGUUUGGUGCAAAUUUAACCAAAAAUAGAAGCUAAUUUCUUAUAUUAACUCAAACACUUAAUAUUACUACUGCAUUUUUUGGAUUCUACCUAAACAUCCAAAUAUACACACAUGCCAUACUAUGGUCGAGCAGUUGCGGAGAUAUAUGCAAUCAAAAAUAUUCUUUUGCUUACAUUUCGACAAUGACGUCACAAGCAAAGUAUGUCAUGUGACCCCUCAUGCACAUUUCUUGGACUUUAAUUUAAAUCCAAAUAUUCAAAAAUGUACAGAGUGUCUUUUAAAAAAGCCUUAAACAGCAAAAUCUUGUGCCCAGAGAACAUCCUCCUAGUUGCGCCUAUGAAACUCGAGCAAUAAUAUUAAAUAAUAAUUAAUAUGUCAGCUUUAUCACAAAAUGCCUUAAAGUACCACAUCACAAAAUAUCCAGGACAAAAAAAACUUAAAUAUCAGCUGUUUUAUACUCAUUGGUACCAGCAAGGUACGUGCCCCUAUAAAUAUUACUAAGUGGUGAGAUAUUACAAAGAAAACUGUAAUAUAAGACGUAAACAUUGGUCAAUUUAAAAAUUGGCUGAAUAGUUCAUACACAUACUUAGUGCUUCCAAAAAAAAAAAAAGUAUACAGGGGUCCCACGUUGACGAAUGACACAUAUUCAAAUUUCAUAUAUAAUUCCUUAAAAUUUAAUGGGUUAUAAUUUGGUUCAACUGUUUCGGAGACACAAUAAUUGUUUAUAUGUAUACGGAAAACAGGUACACCAAAGUAUAUCACGUGGCCCAUGAAUAACAAUUUCGUAAGAUUCUUAUAACCAUUAAUCGAUAUUUAAAAAAAAAGUUGAUUUGCAAAGGGCAGCAAUUGAAACUAUAUAAGAAAAGCUGCUUUUACCAGUGAUGAUAAUAUUAAAACUAUAUUUGUUCCUACGAUUGUUUUUAAUUUUUUAAGCCAUACAUUGUUGCCAUUUCACUUGUCACGACGUUCAUUAUAUAACGUGAUAUUUUCUGAGGGAUUUCGCCAAAUAUCUAUGUGUGUGUGGCAUGUGACCGUUAUAUGCCAUAUAAUUGCGUUAUGUUUUUUUUUUUUAAUAUAAACACAAUAUCAAAUUGUAUUCUGUACAUUUUAUUAUAAUUUAUUAGGGUUUUCUUAACACCUCUGAUUAUUUAGGGUAAAUGAACAGUAGAGGGGCAAUUAUUUAAAUAAUUGCGACAAAUAAGUUUGAUAGAAACGGCCUUUGCUCACCAUUUUUAUAAAUAAUAAUUCAAAUGUAGAGAGUUAUUUAGCAAAAAUGAAUUAAUGAAAUCUCCCAUUUUUAGGGUUGCAUAGCAUGUUAGCUCCGACCCCAAAGGAUGGGAGAAUGUACUGUUAAAUGAGUGAAGGGGGUAAGGGCACUAGAGGAACCAGAAGGGUCCUUCUCCCAUUAAAUUCUUCUUGAUUUCACUUAAUUGAAGCCAAAAGUUUAUAAUGUAGGUUGCUUAAUUUUUAAAUUACUAUAGCCAAAUUUACAUUGUUUUAAUUAAUAAUUAUAGACUUUAGAUAAAAUAAAGACAAUAUAAAAUAUAAUAAUAAUAUCGUAUGCUAAACAAAUUUAAGGCCUGUUUCUUAGUGGUUAUGUUAUUGUUGAUAUCCUUAAAAGACAAGAUUGUGUGCAUGUCCCAGAACCGCGCUAUUAUGGUUUUACUUUGUCGGGUUUCCUUUUUAUUAUUAAUAUUGUUAUUAUUAUUAUAUAAUUGAAUGUACGUGGGUAAUUUUCUUCAUUAUUUCCUUCCGAUUAAAUACUAUUCUUACACUGUAAUCUUGUAAUCAUAAUAAUGAUUAUUCGUUGUUAAAUUGUUAUUUUUUGAGAUUUGUGCCUUCGCCAUAUUUGUAAAAUAAAUAAAAUAUACAAAAAAAAAUAA